GAGCGUGGUGUCACUGAACCAGACCUAGGAGGACAAUGCCCUGUGGACUUGGAUCAUUCUCUGAUUGAUACAAUUGCCGUUUCUCUUUCAGACGAAGUGGAUUACAGCAACUUUGGGACCAACACACUGUCACGGAAGAAGAAGGCUCUGGUGACGCUCCGCAAUGACAACCUCCGCCGGCGUCCUCACAUCAACAUCAGCAUGCCUCACGACUUCAGACCCGUGUCUUCCAUCAUCGACGUGGACAUCCUGCCCGAGACGCACCGCAGGGUGCGGCUGUACCGGCACGGCUGCGAGAAGCCCCUGGGGUUCUACAUCCGCGACGGCACCAGCGUCAGGGUCACUCCGCACGGGCUGGAGAAGGUACCCGGCAUCUUCAUCUCCCGCAUGGUUCCUGGGGGCCUGGCGGAGAGCACGGGCUUGCUGGCGGUGAACGAUGAAGUCCUGGAAGUUAACGGCAUUGAAGUAGCCGGAAAGACUCUCGACCAAGUCACAGACAUGAUGAUUGCCAACAGCCAUAAUCUCAUCAUCACGGUCAAGCCGGCAAACCAGAGGAACAAUAUUAUUCGAAGCAGUCGGAUGUCUGGUAGCUCUGGCCAGUCUACAGACAGCACUGCGAGCCACCACAGCUUGCCUACAUCCCACGUGCUGCAGAACUUCCACCCUGAUGAAAUGGAGAGUGAUGAAGAGGCCGACAUUGUCAUCGAGGGCGGUCUGGAGCCGCAGCACAUUCCUAAACUGCACAGCCUUACUUCCAGUAGCCUCUCCCGAAUCAAUGGCAGCAGCCUUAGCCACAGACUCCAAAGGGACCUGGUGCUCAACAACAACUCCGGCCGAGAAAGCAACGGCAACAUCCACAAAUUGCUCAGUUCCUUAAAAACUGAUCCCCGACACAGCCUGGUUAUCCCCAGAGGAGGUAUCGAGGAGGAUGGAACAGUCAUCACACUUUAG